GACUGAGGGCAGGAUGACGUAGGCGGAAGCGUCUCUCACCCCCUCGUAAGGACAGGACACCGCUGAGCAGUAAUCACAGAAGGAGCGGGGAGGAAAGGUGAGCUGGUUAAAAGUAAAAAAAAACUGUUUUAUUGAUGAAUAAUUUACAAAAGGAAGUUAAUGUCUAAGUAAAUCUCCUGUUAUGUAAGUCUCCUCUCUGCUAAAGGGACAUUCCGCUAAUUAAAUCUGCCGCUAACUAGCUUAGACAUCAGGGAUGCUGCAGAUGUCACACCAGAGAGAGAGAGCGAGAGCGGCUUUUUUCUGUGUUUUUAAUCCUAAAUAUUGGUUAAAUAUGUGGUUUUAAUGUGGCAUAUUCAGUUAAUCCUAUCGCUAUUAAAUACACAAACGCUUCUCUUGGUAAAAACAUCAUUUUACAUUCUCAAAAAAGAAAAGUAAAUGUAUAAACAGCUGUAAAAAAUCAUUAUUAAUGUGAAUUAAAGGGAGUUGUCGUUUUCGAAAAGUGUUAACUUGUACAGACAGGGUUAUUUUAGACCAACAACCACACCCUGACUGUCUCCAUCUGUUUGUAUUUAAUACACAGAAAGAAAACAGCUUCACUGAAAAUGACUAAGCAGGUUUUUACUCUCAUUAUUGACUUUAAUUUGAUGUUUUUGCAGAUUUGCAUGACCCAACAGAUUAGUCACUGAGCUGCAAUGAUGCUGGAUUUUAAUGGACAUUAUUCUCCUUUAAAACUGUUAUUUUUUCGUGAUGCUUUUGCUCUUAAUUCUUAAAUUUGUGUGAAAUUUCCUGACUUACUUUGUCCUGAUAGUGAUAUCUGAACUGAUACAUGUAAUUUAAUGAUGAGUGCAUUUGUAUUUAGCGUAGUCUUAUAUGUGUUAAUCAUCAUAUUCUGAUAUUUUAAAGUUAAAUCAAAUGUCUGAGUUAUUUAUCUUUUGUGAUUUGCAGAUUAGGAUGUACUUAAAACCUGCAAAAAGCCAAAAUUCUUCCUUAUAUAUCAUGAAAAUGAUGAAGAUCAAGUGUUGGGUUGAUUAAAUCGAACAGGACAUAAUAAGUCUGACAAACUUAUUUUUGCACAUUUUCGUCGCUGAUGUGAACGCUUGUAUUGACAGGAUACGGGUUCGAAAAAAAUAUUGACGUCUGAAAUAAUCGCACGACAAAAACGGUCCCAGUGUGAAAGGACCUUAAAGAUUUAUCUGCAGAUUCAGGUUGAAAACAGGCUGCUCACUAAUAUAAAUUUUUAUUCUAAUGACUUAAAAUGUAAUUUUUUCCUUUUUGCAUCAAACUUGCAGCUUGAAGGCAGAGAUGUUUUUCUGCAUUUAGCAUCAUUUUUUUCUGCCAUUUCGUGAUUUUUUUUCCGCUUUAUUUUAUGUGAAGUUUGUGCAGCAACAAACAAAAACUCUAAUCUUUGAUACUUGCAUUAGAUUUGCAUUUCAGUUCAGUGUUUUGAUUCUUGUGAAACUGCCUGUCGACGGCUCAGUCAUGAGGAAGUGGUUUAAUUUACGGUCGGCCAUAUUCUGGUUAUUUUGGUUCUUAUCUUUUAGGAACAUGACCUGAAAAUAUGACCUUAGAUAACACAAACACCUUGCCGUUUUUUUGGUCGGUUUCCUGGUCUUCAGCGCUCUCUCAGUCUCAGUCUGACGUGUUUAUAACCGAAACAAAGCUGAAGGUGUCAACAAAAGGUGGUGUUGUUCUGAUGUGGAAACACAGAGAUCAUGUUUUCUGGGUAUUAUCCGUCUCGUGUUUAAGGUCAAACUGGUUCCUGGAUUUCAUUUGAGAUAUGGACCGAGAAAAAGUCGUCAACAUAAAGUCAAAAAUAUGGUGUCGAGAUGAGGCAUGGUGUAUUUAUGUUAGAGCGUGUUUGGUGGAGAGGCUCAAGACUCACUUUUUUAACCAGGCUUUUCACUAAAUGCCUUUUUAUAUUUCUCUUAUUGCAAAUGUUCAUUUUAAUCGAAGUUUUUAUUUUAUGUCAUUUUAUUUAUUAUCUCUGUUCUUAGUCUUUUUAUUAAUUCCAGUCACAGGUUUUUACUUCUUUUACCUGUUUUAUAUGUUAAAGAGCUUUUAUCUGUUCAUUUAAUUUUAUUUUCUUGUUUUAGUCCGUCACGUUUUAGCAUUUUCACCAUUUUUAUCUCUAUCUUUUAUCUCCAGUGUUUCCCAAAGGUCGCUCUUUCCUCAUGUAAUGUCUCGGUGUCAGGCCGUGUCUCUUUAACAAUAUAUCUUAAAUUCUCACACUGUGUAAGGUUUUGUGUGUGUGUGUGUGAGGGUGGGUGUGUGCCUUUGUGUGCGUGUGGGUCCAUGGGUGUGUGUGUGGGUGGGAGGGUCGGGUUUUAUUGUCGUUAUUGUUGUUUUUAACCUGUAUGAGACACUUUGAACUACAUUUAUUUGUAUGAAAAGUGCCAUAAAAAUAAAGUUGAAUUUGAUUUCCAUGUUCACAGAUCCUCUAUGCCGUUGAUAAAUAAAAUGAUGUUUCUAAAGCCGUCAGACCGGUUUCACUGAAUCUGUCUGCUUCUGUGAAAACAGCGGAAACACACAAUGACUUUAACUAAACCACAAAUAACUGUAGAUGAUCUUCUCUCAAUAAAAACAUGUCCUGACAUGAUCACAGCCUCUCCUCCACUUUCAGUUUGAGUUCACUUUCUCUCUUUUUCCCCUCCUGCUCUCUUCUUUCAGAAUCAGACAGACAGCAGCGAUGGAUCGGGUUCGAUCUGCGUUCAACAGCGUGGUGAGUGUCGGCGUCUCAUAUCUACUUAGACGGCGUGCUGCUUCACGUGCCUCCGGAGGAGUCAUGUUCUUCUUUCGUGGUUUUCACUCUGAUCUUCUCUCUCCAGCUGGGAAGUGAGCGGUACAGCAGGUUCACGCUGCAGCCUGCAGAAGACAGAGAAAGACACGUGGAGGUCAAACUGUCCGAUGAUGGUACAGAGGUGGAGGAAGGACCGGCAGAAGGUUCUCCGAGCUUCAGACCAGCUCCUCCGUAUCAGAGCCGACGAUCUCUUUGCUACCUGAUCCUGGGAACCCUCUCUAUCUUCCUCUUUGGUAGGCCACACCCUACAAACGUGAAAUAUCAUUUACUGAUUUCUCCCUCAAAGUAACUUCGAUACCAGAGGUACUAGACAAGCAAAGACUGCUCUGUCUGUCCACAGGGGGCGCCAAAACAAACUCAGACCGACAGUUCCUCACUGGAGCUUUAAACGGGACCUCAGCAGAAGUUUAAUUUGACGAAUGAAAACCACGUUUGCUCUGACAGCUUCAUAUCCUGGAAAAUACUUGCCGGUUUGUUGACUCUUCUGUCUCUGUUGUUUGUGUCUCAGGUUACCUCGUCGGAUUCGUCAGCCAUCGGAAACCAAAGGUGAACGCAGCAAGCUGUGACACGCAACUGGCGCCGUCAAAUCGAAACCAGACCGCCGGCCCUCCAUAUGUUGGUCCUGUAGACGCUCAGAUGGACUGGGCGGACGUCGCUGAGCUCCUCACCCAGAAACUCAUCAGCCAGGCCUUCGACAAAACUCUGAGGUAUGUCGAUGAAAUGUAAACCCUCGAAGGGGAGAGUCCGUUAACGGUCCUCGCCAUCAAACCCUCGAUAAACCGGUUUGUGAAAUAAAUAAUCCUGCUUUACUGAAGAGUCAUGAUGCACAUGAGAGCAGAGGAGGGGUACAGAGGGACUGAUAAUCCCGCUGAAGUGAGCCUGAUGUUCCUGACUGUGCUCUCCGAACCAUCCAGGAAUAAUAACGCCGAACGGACCGAAGGAUCAGAGAGCGUUUUUAUUUUUAACCUGCUCACCGUCAGAAAACAACGGGAAGGUUAGAGUGAGAGGGAUUAUGUAAGAGAGAUAAUACCGAACAAGUUUCAGGACCAGAGCAGAGCAGAGGGCUGCCAAUCCUUUAGACUCUUACUGAACACCCCCUGAAAAAAACAAAAAACUAAAACUAAGAAGUUAGUUUUAGGUUGGAUAUAUUUUCCUGUAAAUACGGCGGUGAAGUUAGUUUCAGGUUGGAUAUAUUUUCCUGUAAAUACGGCGGUGAAGUUAGUUUCAGGUUGGAUAUAUUUUCCUGUAAAUACGGCGGUGAAGUUAGUUUCAGGUUGGAUAUAUUUUCCUGUAAAUACGACGGUGAAGUUAGUUUUAGGUUGGAUAUAUUCUCCUGUAAAUACAGCGGUGAAGUUAGUUUUAGGUUGGAUAUAUUUUCCUGUAAAUACGGCGGUGAAGUUAGUUUUAGGUUGGAUAUAUUCUCCUGUAAAUACGGCGGUGAAGUUAGUUUUAGGUUGGAUAUAUUUUCCUGUAAAUACUGCGGUGAAGUUAGUUUUAGGUUGGAUAUAUUUUCCUGUAAAUACGGCGGUGAAGUUAGUUUUAGGUUGGAUAUAUUUUCCUGUAAAUACGGCGGUGAAGUUUUAGUUCUGAAAGUAAUUCUUGGCAGGUAUGUGUUUCUCUGCACAACAGCACCAGCAGUGCCAGCGACUCACUCCAUGUGCAGGGGCGUGGUUUCCUCCUCUCUGAUUUUGAUUGACAGCUGGCAGGGUAGUCUGAUUGGCAACUGAGUAAAGAACGAAUGUGAUUUCUUUGUGUGCUCUUUACUUUUUUGACUUCGUAGAACGUGUUAAAAUAGUUAGCGUCAAGCCCUGGUUCUGACGACACACCUCCUCAGGUCUGGGACGGUACCUGUGGAGUGUCAGACCGUGGAAAAUCCGCCUGAUUGUUGAUCCUCGGAUUCAGGAGGAACAUUGUGGAUUUCCUCUUUACGCUGGGGUACGGUAGACCAGCUCUUCACCCCUGCAAGAUCUCUGGAGGGGGCGUGGGAGUCCAACCACACAGUCUCCAUGGCGAAGACUUGUAAUUGUGUCCCUUGGGGGCUCUUGUAGGGGUUCAUCCAGAAAGGAUCAGAGUGGAGCGAGUCCUGGGACACUUUGGGAUCCCAGAGGAAGAGCUUGAAAGUGUUUCUGGGCGGAGGGAGGUGGAGAUGGACUUAAGUCUGCGUUAGAAAAUAGAUGGAUUUUGGUCUGACUUAGACUGAAGCGUGAGAAGACGGAGACGAGAAGAGUCAGCUGAUAUCAGAAGUUCUUGAACUGUGAGAGUAAAAAAAACGAGUCUUUGUCGACUGAAUAGAGAGGUUUCGUCUCUUUGCAGCGAGUUUGAUCAGCCGAUGCGCUCAGCAGGAAGUGAGGAGGACACGAGUCUGGCGAACCGCCUCUACGCCGAGUUCAAGAAACUGAAGAUGGAUCCCUGGAACGACAUCCACUACGUCCAGCUGCAGAAGAUCAACAGGUUGGUGUCGAUGUUUGACAUCGUAAACUGAGGGCUAAAUAAACCUCUUCAUAGACGUCUAAACCCGUUUUUGUCCUCUCGGUGGCAGCGCUCGUCCAAACCGGGUCACCUUUGGUCCGAAUGACUUCGACCUCGCCUCGUUUCUGGCCUACAGCGCGACCGGGAGAUUUCUGGUGAGCUUCCACCCUUCUUGGUGCGUCAGUUUGGAUCUUGUGUACUCAGAGAUGAAACGGACUCCUCUUUGUCUGCAGGGGAAACUGGUGUACGGGAACUACGGCCUCCAGAAGGAUCUGGAGGUGGUGCGGAAGAACGGCGUGGAGCUGAAAGGCUGCGUGUUGCUGCUGCGAGCCGGGAACAUCAGCUUUGCAGAGCAGGUGUGUGGCGGUGUGAAGAACGCCUCGUGGCGGUUUAUUCUGGAGGAGCUGGUUUUCAGGUUUGUGGAUGUGUGUGUCUGCAGGUGGAUAACGCUGAGAAGAUGGGCGUGUCUGCGGUCCUCAUCUACCCCGAUGUUCAGGAUUAUAAGUAUGUGGCGUACACCGCGCUCUUCGGACACGUGAGUUUAAACACGUAAUCCUGGAGUUUGAUCAGCUGUCAGAGUCUUAAACAUGGUAGUGAUUUGUGUGUGUGUGUGUGUGUGUGUGUGUGUGUGUAUGUGUGUGUGUGUGUGUGUGUGUGUGUGUGUGUGUGUUCAGGUCCAUAAGGGAUCAGGUGACCCCUACACUCCUGGAUUUCCCUCCUUCAACCACACCCAGUUCCCUCCAGCUCAGUCUGCCGGCCUACCGAGAAUCCUCGCUCAGACCAUCGCUGCAAACCAGGCCGCCGUUCUGCUCCAGUACGAACACCUACACACACACACACACACACACACACACACACACACACACACACACACACACACACACACACACACACACAGACCAGGAUCUUCUCUUUCGCCCCCUGCUGGUUCUCUAACAGAGUGCAGGUUCGAAGCUCUGAGGAUUUAGAUUCACUUCAUACUUACAAACUUUUAUUUUCUGUGUUUGAAUUUCUUAUUUAAUCAAAUCAAAUUCAUAAAAACCUGAAUGAUGAGCAGCUCCACCGCCUGAAUCAGGUGUUAAAUCUGUUUUCCAAUCAAACUUUAUUUUUAAAGCACUUUUCAUACGUAUAAUGUAACACAAAGUGCCGUUGGUGCAGGAUAUUAAAACACAAUGAAGUAAAAUAAAUAAAAAUACAAAUACCAAACACAAAAGACCAGCUGAGGACUCUUCAACUCACCACAGAUGACUGAGGAAACACUGGAACUAGGACUGAAACGAUAAAACCAUGAUCAAAUAUAAUGAAGGUGAUAAAGUGUUAAAAGUUAAUUAAAUAAAACAGUCUUAAAAUCAAACAAGAACAGAAAGUGAAUCAAAACAGAGGUAAUGAAACACAAAAUAGUUACUCUGGGACUAAAAUAGGGUAAAAUCACAUAAUGCAGAUUAAGGCCUGAACUACACGAAGGCGGAUAUUUAUUUAUCUGGAUAUUUUUGUACUCCCGUCUAAAUAAAUGUACCUGUCCACACGUGUUAGUUCAAAAAAAUAUCUGCGUCCACACGUAGCCGUCAAACUCAAUCCUAUCUGGUGCCGCUUUGACAUACGAAAGUUUAGCUUCCAUUCAUCUGCAGGCACAGCCCCUCUAACGAAGUUGUCCCACCACUUGCUGGUCCGACCGGGUUUGACCCAAAACUUACGCUUCUGGCGAACUUUAAAACGCCUAACGUUAACGUUACGAUUGCUCUCCAAUAAAAGUAUUGGCCGCAGCAGACGCCUCUGUGAGCUGCUGACUGGUGGAUGUAAUUGUAUAAAACAAGGUUCACUUGCAAGGCUGAAAUUAGCCCCAAAAGGGCAAAACAAACGUAAAGAAUACCCUGUAUGUCCGCCAUCGUUGUUGUUAUUGUUUUUGUUUUUAAUUCACAUGCGCGAGCUGCGGUUUGACGUCAUCGAUCCGUAAAAGUCCGACCACACGAAUCCUCUGCGGAUACGGGAUACGGAUAUUUUUUAUUUCUCCACUUCGUUUUCCGGAUUCAGAUUUAUCCGGUUUGAGUGUUCCGAAAUCCCGGUUUGGUGUGGUAGGGAGGCCUAAUCGGACAUAAAUAUGUGCGGUUUGAAAUAUAUCCGCCUUGGUGUAGUUCGGGCCUAAAACAGGAUUUAACUAAAAGCCAGACUGAAAAGGUCGAUCUUUAGUUUACCUUUAAAAAUAUGAACAGUAGGCGGCGCUCUCAGGUCUGCAGGUUGACUGUUCCACAGAUGGGGACCGUAAUAUUGAAAGACUAUUAAACAAUUAAAAGACCUGAAGACCUGAGGACUCUACCUGUCUAAAUCAGACAAACAAGAAGGACCAAGACUAAGGCAUUAUUCUGUUGGGACUUGUUACCAGUUUCAAGACAGAAAUCUUAAAAUCACGGCACAGAUAAAACGUCAACUUUGGUUUCAGGUCAGACCUUUAAAAGUCCGUAAAAACAGUAAAAUACUCACUUUAAAACGACUAAAAAGAGCACAAACUCAGACUCCAUCAGUCAGCAGCUGUAACGGCGUAUGAAAUUAUCAAUGUGUAAUUUUUAAGUUUUUUUUCCUUCUUUAUCUUCCUGAUUUCUCGUCCGUCUGCUCGGGUUUGACUCGUUGAGAAAACUAACCCGCUCGGAUGUUCGAAGUACGAUCGCAGACUCACGUCUCUCCGUCUCCUCGGCAGGACGAUCGGCGGUCCUGAAGCAGAUGCAGCCAGCGGUUUUAAAGGCGGCGUGGGUUCCCUGACGUACAGUCUCGGCGGCGUUCAGGACGUCACGGUCGAGGUGAACAACGUGCUCGUCAACACCGAAAUCCACAACGUGUUUGGAGUCAUUAAGGGAUCCACAGAGCCGGGUAAAAACCCACUCUUUUAUCUCCCACAGCUGAAGGUUUGACACUCAGGAGAGGAUUUUGUUCAUUUGUGGGUCUUUGUGUGAAUCUGCAGAUCGGUACGUUGUCCUCGGAGCUCAGAGAGACGCUUGGGGUCGGGGUUACGCCAGAGCGGCGGUGGGCACCUCUGUGCUGCUGGAGCUGGCGAGAGCCGUCAGUGAGAUGGUGGAGAAAGGUACCAUGAAGACAGGAAGUGAGGCUUUGUGUGUUUUUGCGUCUGUUUGUUUCCUCACAUCACAUCGACGGUUUCCUCUUCAUCAGAUGGAUUCAGGCCCAGGAGGAGUCUGGUGUUCGCCAGCUGGAGUGCCGGAGAGUACGGGAGUGUCGGCGCCACCGAGUGGUUGGAGGUAAGAGUGAAACGUUUCCGCCUGAAUCUGAUGGAAGCGGUUAACGGUCCUGAAACAUGUCUGUGUUUGUUUUCAGGGUUACAUGUCGUCCAUCGACAAACGGGCGUUCACCUACAUCAGCCUGGACGGCGUGGUCAUGGGUCAGUACCGCCCCUCCUCUCUGUUCUCGUUCAUUCAGACAGACGUUGACUGAGUUUCUCUCCUUGCAGGUCGAGGGAGCUUCAUAGCGUCAGCUAGUCCUCUGCUCUACAGUCUCCUGGAGAGCACCAUGAAGGAGGUAAGAACGGCUCCCUGUAGACCUGAUCCAGUUUGGUGAAGACGCAGCAGAGUCCGGAUUUAACCUCUCUUCUCUUCCAGGUGAAAAGUCCUCUCGGUUCUGGUUCUGUGUACGAUCUGGUCGGGAAAACUGCCUGGCAGACUAAAGCGUACGUAGAUCAUCUCACUCUUCUCAAAAGAACAAACUGAUUGAUUCGCCGAUAAAUCGGUCAGGCCUCUCUGCAAACCUUUCACUAACUCAACAUCAUGUUGUGCGCAGACUGAGGCCGAUGGCGAUGGGCGACCCCGCGUACCCCUUCCUGGCCUCAUCAGGAAUCCCCUCCGUCUCCUUCCACUUCAUCUCCCCAGAGGUGAGACCACACAGACUCAGUCACACUGUUAAAUAAAACAGUUUUUAUCACCCCGCCCUCUUCUUCUAAAACCCUCCAUGGAUUCUGAUCCACAGACCGAGACCUACAUCUACUACGGCACUAACCUGGACAGCCCAGACCACCUGGACUACCAGACCAACCAUCGCACGGGGGAGAUUGCGGCGCUGGCAGCUCAGUUCGCCGGCCGGAUGGCGCUACGACUCGUCCACGACCACCUUCUCAGACUGAACGUGAGCCAGUACAGCAAAGUCCUCCUCCAGGCUGUGGCCCGAGUCAUGAAACACCUGAACCAGUUGAGGAGGGUAGGUUUUCCUCUCGGUCUUGUAGCUUCAGUCUCGCUCCUCUGUGCUCUAACAUUCAUCUUCUUCUUCUCCGACAGUCUGGUCAGCUGAAGGACCUGAGUCCGACCUGGCUGAGUCAAGCCCGCGGCUCCUUUGAGCGAGCGGCUGCUAGCAUCAGCGACGCCAUCGACAACACCGACAUGAACGACCGAGAAGCUUGUCGAAUCCUCAACGACAGGAUCAUGAAGGUGAGAGCCGCUCCGUGCUUCAACAUCAGAAUCAAAUAUAAUCGGUGUCGAACUCCACGUGACUCCAUUAAUAUAGUUUACAGUUUCUCAGGAUCUAUCCCGUGUAUCUCUACGGGAUCAAAAGUGUUCAGAAGUUUACCCUUUUGGCGAUCUAUCGAGGGUUUCCAGACAUUUCUACACCUGCCACAAGGUUUACAAUCCAGCCACAAAAACAGGUGUUUGAUCAGAGACGUCUGGUGGUAAAUCCGCAGUGAUAUACGGUAGGCCUGAACGAUAUAUCGUUUGACUAUCGUCAUCGCGAUGUACGUGUGUGCGAUAGUCACAUCGCAGAGCCUGCGAUAUUGGAGGUGAAUGAACUCAUUUAAUUUCAAGGGUAACCGACUGAGAUACACUCCAUGUGACUCUGCAUGUGCUGUGCAGCGAUCCACCAAUCGCCUUCGUCCUUAACUCAGUUGCCAAUCAGACUACCCUGCCAGCUGUCAAUCAAAAUCAGGGAGGAGAAAACCCACCCCUGCACAUGUUCUGCACAUGGAGGGAGACGUGUGUCGCUGAGAAUUACUUUCGGAACUUUACUCAUGACUGUUAAGCCCAACAAAUAAGAACUGUAUGGGUUUUAAAUUGUACAUUUCCGUGGACCACUCUACUAUAAGCAGUGCGCGUUUUGCGAGGUGCAUGCAAUUCUCGGAGGACAUGCGUUUCUCGGCACGACACCGCUAACAACAACAACAACGAUCGCAAAAUGAACAAUGAACAAGCGAAAACCACCGAAAAUGAAGAUUUGUUGCCAAAAAGAAAAGGAAAGUCAGUUAUCUGGAAUUAUUUCGGUUAAAAGAAGGAUGAUGUCGACCAAAACACGUCUUCUGUGUUCACCUGUUGCCACAAUAACGUCCCAGCACAAUAAAAGCUAAAAAUAUCUCUGAGACAGACAGAAGCCGUUCUACUAACAUUCACAAAAAGAGGUAAGAUCAGAGCAGAUUAACUGUCCUCAAGAUUUCAGCAGUGCAGCAUAACAUUAAGUGCUAUUCAGGUCAUCUGGUGAAAAUACUGUAUUUUUAAUAUCGCAAUAUACAUCACAGGGUUGAAAAAAUCGCAAUAUUAUUUUUUUCCAAUAUCGUGCAGCCUUAAUAUAUCGGUGAAAACAGGAUUAUUUAUCAUAGUCUUGUGAUCAAAAAACAAUCACUAUCGCUAAAUGCCGCUAAUGUCUUCUGGGUUGGACGAGCUGUUUUGAUGACGUCUUUUUCUGUCAAACUUUCGACCAAUUACACGGUCUCAUAUUCUUCUCUAAAGGUUCAUAAACUGCACUUCCUCCCUCGGUCAAAUAAAUGCAGGUUUAUUUUAGUGUCUGUUUGAUCAGGUCCAAGCUCUUUGACUCUCAUCUUCUCCUGCAAAGAUCAGGUCCAAGCUCUUUAGCCCUCAGCUUCUAUCGUUCCCUUGACGGUAGUGUCCAAUAAGAGACAAGAAAGUUCCCUGCUUGUCUUCAAAAUCAGAAAUAAUGGUCCUCAAUGUUUGGAAACAAGUAAAGAAGAGAUUGUGAGCAGUAUGAUGUGGUCAGAAACAACUGUAAAUAGUCAAAAACUCCUGGAAGAAUGAGUGUAAAUAUGUCAAUAGUUUCUGUUGUGUGUUUGUUCCAAUCCCAAUAUUUCUUCUCCUGAUAGACAAGACUUGAGAGAAUGAUGUUCAGGUGAGAAAAGGCUUGGUCACUGUGGAUUUAUGUGUUUUUUGAGCAAAGUUCUGUUGGGAUCAGUUUACGUUUUUGUUUCUUGGUUGACUUUGACGGUUCUGAAUCUACUGUCACAUUCAUUUUACUUUAUUUUUGCUCCAUAAACUGACAGUCGACAGCAGAGGGAACGAGUUCAACUCAUGAAAACAAAGAAACCGUUUUCUCUGAUCGUCUCGUUUCACCUCUCCAGGUCGAACACACCCUCCUCUCCCCGUACGUGACGCCCAUCGACACCCCCUUCCGUCACAUCCUGCUGGGCCAGGGUCCCCACACUCUGGCCUCCAUCGCAGAGACCGACGACACGGAGCAGCUCCGCACUGAGCUGGCUCUGGCCACCUGGACCCUGCAGGGAUCUGCCAACGCCAUGGAGGGGAACAUCUGGGACAUGGAUAAUGAAAUCUGAGGAAGAGGAGGAGUAGGAGGAGGAGGAGGAGGAGGAGGUGAAGUAAUGAAAUUCAAUGCUGGUUAAGAGCAGAGGGAGGAGCUCCAAAUAAGCACUUAAGCACAAGCUGUCAAUCAGAGGUCUAAGCCCCGCCUUUCAAAACAGUCAAAACAAAGAAAUCCAAAUGAACUUGAAGAAAUCCAACACUACUGACUAAAACCGGUGCCGUUCAAACCCCCGCUUUGACCUCUGACCUCUGAGUAUCCUUAUUUAUAUAUUUGUGUUUUUUUAUCAGCGGCAGUGUCCGCUAUAAAAGUUUGAUUUUGUCUUUUUAUACGACGUUAUCGGAAGCAGUGCCUUCCAUAAUUAUGACGGUUAUACUGUCUCAUCUAACGGCAGCAUCUGCUACAGAAAUUACUCCAACUGUUGCUGACACGAUGGAGCCCCUGACGACGUUACGCGCUCCUCUGCGACCGCCGUCGUUUCUCCCCUUAAAUGGCAGAAACACUCCCGUUCAAACACGUCCAUCAGGAGACGAGUGUUUGAUCAACUUUGGAUUUUCCAAAGACGAUGAAAAUUGAUUUUUAUUUAAAGGGAGAAAUGAAGGACAGAGCAGACAGAGUGUCGAAGAGGACGGAAAUAUUUAUGUCACAAAAUAAAGAGAAAUAUUUGUUUAUCGACCAAAAAGUUCGACAUGAAUCAUGUUUCAUGGAGACUUCGCUUUAGGUCCAAAAUUGAAACCUAAAUUUGCCAGAAAGACGUUCACGACUUUGGAGCCGUUACUCUACGACCAUGAAGUUAUCGGGAGCAGUGCCUUCCAUAAUUUAAAACCCCAUUAUCGGGAGCAGUGCCUUCCAUAAUGACCAAGCAGUGAUGGUAGUUUUUGCCUACCAGUGUGUGAGUGUGAGUGUGUUUAUGUGUGUGUGUGUGUAUUUAUCGGGAGCAGUGUCUCUCAUAUUUCACUUGAACGGUGGAACAACUUAUCGGGGACAGUGUUUCCCAGAGUUUUAUACUUGAUGUUUAUAUUUUCUUUUUGUCUUUAUUUUUGCAUCAUUUCUAUAUUUGUGUGUGUCCGUGUGUGUGUGUGAAGGCUCAGUCCUCCCGCUGCAGAAAAAACUCCUUGGGUGUUUUUAGUCUGGUUUCCUCAUGUUUAGGGACUAAACAAACACUUUCACUCCGACAACCAGAAACUGCUGUCUCUGCAUGAUUUCCACCGACAUGUUUACUCUUAGCCGCAUGUUACCUUCCUGUUUUAACGAGGUUUAGCUCCAGAGUUUGGACAGGUUUCAACUGUUAGAUUGAAAUGUUAGAAUAUUCCGAGGACUCUCCAGCAAAAUGUGAUUCUAUCAAGUAAAAAAAAGUGAUAUUAAAGUUAAAAUGAACCCUGAAACAGCCUCUAGAAGCUGGCUACAGUUGUUACUGACUUAAACAUCAUGAUAAGAGAACAAAAUCAGUCUACAUCUCUAAAUUCAAAGGCUAUUUUUCACCCCUCGAAUAAUAACGUUUGAUUUUCUGUCCUGGUGUCACUUUUUUCUGCUUCAGUCUGUUCACUCCAUACUCACACGUUCAAGUUUUUGCUGGUUUGGUGGUCAGGAAAACACUUGAGCACCUAAAAUACUGUGUUUUUCUUAGUGGUGAUAUCCUGUCUUUAAAGGAACUCUUCUUCAACAUGGUUACUGUACUUGAAAAGUGAGUUUUGUUUCUGUGAUCCGAAGAUUCAGCAGAGAGAGUGAUAAUAAACCUGUUUGGCUUAGCAUCCAGCAAA